UGGUUAAGCGUGAGAAUAUCAUGUUUAAUCAAUCACAAGCAUUUCUGGGCUUCCUUACCUUCUUCUCCUUCGGGAUCAGGCGCCAACCUUUUGUUUGUAAUGAAUUUAAGCAGCUCAAACCUUCAUAGCACUGUCAAUAUAUCAAUCAAUCAACAUUGAGAAGAAAUGGGAUUGACAAGAAAACAGCUUACUAUAGUUCUUCUCUGUCUCUGCUUUACAGUUUUUCUGCAACUGACCUCUGUUUCUUCUUCUACUUUCCCUCAGGGUCAAAAGGAAACUGCAUCUUCAAGAAGUUUUGAGCAUGAGAAAGAAGUGCAUUGUUCGAGAGAAAGGAGCAGGGCAGCAUGGAAAAUAAUCGACGAGUAUUUGAUGCCCUUUGUGGAGAAAGAACGAUAUAAGAUCUCGAGUAGGUGCAGGCUUCAUCCAGAGAAUGACUUAUACAGAGAUCAAGAACAGCAUAAGAUGCAUGUAGAUAUAAAUGAAUGGCGAUGUGGAUACUGUAAGAAGACAUUUUAUGAAGAGAAGUACCUUGAUAAGCAUUUUGAUAACAGACAUUACGAUCUGUUGAAUGUGAGUCAUAGCAAGUGCUUGGCAGAUGUAUGUGGUGCAUUGCAUUGUGAUCUUGUGCUGGAUUCUGCGCCACACAAGACCAAGUGCAAUCCUGCUGCCACAGGACGGAAUAAACAUCUGUGUGAGAGUCUCGCUGAUAGUUGUUUCCCAGUCAAUGAGGGUCCUUCAGCUCUCCGUCUCAAUGAGUUCUUCUUGCGCCAAUUUUGCGAUGCCCACACUUGCUCUGGAGGUCGGAAGCCAUUUUCUAAAGGGGGGAAGAAAGAGACAAGCACACUAUAUGUUAUAAUUUCUGUUCUGGUUUUGAUGCUUCUGGCACUUUUCUACAUCUUCAUGUAUUUGUACCAGAGGGGAAUAAAAAGGGGCUCCCAAGGGCUGAAGCACAUCUCAAAAAGUGGACAGAAGAAAAGGUCAUGAGAACUGGAGGCAGUCAACACACGAAGGAUUCAUUAAAUAAUACAAGAAAUUCAGAGCAUGGCGCUCAAAAGAAUCUUGCGGGAAAAAAAAAAGAGCGAAAAAAAAAAAGGGAAAGUCCAAAGUUAAUGGUAUCGAUGUGUCUUUGCAAAAUUCUAAACAGAAAUUAUUGAUGUCCUAUUGAACCUGUCAAGCAAAGCGUGGGACAGAGUGGAAAAGGGCUUCUGACCUACACGACUGAGGAUGUUCAAUGGGAAAUUGUGUUAUAUCUCAAAAGUAUCUUGUGGGUGUCACACAAACAAAAUAAAAUCAUUCAUGUUUCUAAACCUAAAUUGAUAGCAUGUAAACAACAUUUGCAAUUGUUUGACCUGCUGCUGUGAAA